UCAGACCGGAGGAAGCAUCACCGCCUUACAGCGUUAACAUAUUUAACUCUUCAAAUAGAUACAGACACACAGAUUUAUAUUUGUAUCUUUAUAUUUUGUUCUGCGGCUGCGCAUCAAAUCCCCGGAUGAAAGACGCCAUUAAUCCUGUGGAACAGCGCGAGCGCGUUAAUGCAGUUUCCGGUCUUCACGAGCUGUUAAAGCCCGUUUCCCCUCCGAGACGCACAGCUGGAUGCAGCUGUUUCUGUCUUAAAGCGUCUCAGUACCGGCUGGAAGGAGACAAGAGCAUCACUGUGGGGAGAAGACCCGCAAUCAACGAUCAUGAAUCGCCUCUAUAAUGUGAACAAUAAUUUCCCGUAUGAUAACAGUCUCCUGGUGUUGGACAUGGUUCUGAGUUCACUAUGGGGAACCACACAGCCAAUCGACUGGGAGAACGUAGCCCGCCUAGUUCCUGGUUUCACUCCCAAAGAGUGUGCACGCAGGUUUGACGAGCUGAAGAGCACAGGGAGUUUCCCCCUAGUAGACGAGCAGUGUAACGCGCUGACUGGGGCCAGUGGCUCUCCAUCUGAACCGCUCUCCGCUUACAUCCGAUCCACUUUACUGGACCUUACUGGGGAGACACGGACCAAUCAGAGCACACUCUCAGUGUCAGGACUGAGCGUGACCCCUGUUAUUCGAGGAGCCAGUGUUGAGACUGAGAACACUGUGAGCACAGAGGAUGAAGAGAAGGAAGACCGAGGAAAGAGCCCCAUCAUGGUGAUCCAUGUGUGUGAUGAAGCAAAGAACCUGAAGCAGGAUUUUGAGUGUCCACGUGACCUGUUGGUCAGAGAAAUGCGCUACUUUGCCGAGUAUCUCUCCAUGGAUGCCCAGCGCUGGGAGGAGGUGGACAUCUCGGUGCACUGCGAUGUCCAGAUCUUCGAUUGGCUCAUGAACUACGUCAAGAGAAGCUCUGUGGAAGAUGAACCCGGGAAACCUGUCGACAAACCAACUCUGGAGCCCAGCAAUGUCAUCUCUAUCCUGAUCUCAUCCGAGUUCUUGAAGAUGGAUGCUUUAGUGGAGGAGUGUAUUCAGUAUUGUCACGAACACAUGAGUGCCAUUGUCGCCACACCCUGCAACAUGAGCUGCAUCAACAGCAACCUGGCCUCACGCAUCGCUCUGCAGUUCACACACAACCAGGCAGAUGACAUCAAGGACAAAAAGGACAAGUUUAAAAGUAAAGUUUUCCAGAAGAAGAUUGAAAAGCUGUUUGAUCCAAGUUUUGAGAAUCACGACUCACCAGGAAAUGCUGCUACGCUGUACAGGUGUGGUCUUUGCCUUAAGUGUCUCACCAAAGACACAGAAAGAAAGAUCUCCUGCGUUCCGGGGAAAAUCAACAUUGACCAUCAUGGGGACAUCGUCUACACACACAGCAGGCAAAAAGGCUGGGACGUCCAUGAGUUUCUCAACAGCUUAUAUGAAGAGCUGAAAUCAUGGGUGCUAGUUUACUGGAGGAUCUGGGGUACCAUUAAUUAUCUCACCUGCUCAUGCUGUAAACAGGUUUUCCUCUGCUGUGAGUUGGCCCAGUGCAGGUAUCACCCUGAGGAUGUGGUGUACCCGGGUGUGGGCGCUGAUCGCAGUGAGCAUGGUGCCGGGAUCUACCCCUGCUGCAAGCAGAGAGCACUACGCUUUGACCCAGCUGCGAUGCCCACGGGUUGUAAGAUGAGGGACCAUGUGGUAAAUGCGGCAGAACCUGGGGACUGUGAAGGCAACGUGAAAUCUGUGCGGACUCGAAUACUGAAUGACCUGCUGCUCCACAGAAACGCUGUGUGCAUGAGCUCCCCAACAGCUACAGACAGUUCUGUGGAGUCGUCUAAACAGAGUGAGCAAGUGCAUGAGUGCGAUAUCACACUGGACCAUGCAGCCCUAAAUGUUCAUCGAGCCAGAGAAGUCACUGCUUUUUCUCUGUUGAAGAACUGGAGUCUCCAGCUGCGGCAACAGUCUUUAUUGUCUGAGGAUGAGGAUUACACUACGGGGUCAGAGGUCACAGAGGAUGAAGUUGGGGAUGAAGAUGACACAUCAAAGAAACAAGCUGUAAAAAGGCAGAGAAAACCAGGCAAGCCUUUGAAAAGACAAGUGUCCUCACCAAGCAUACUGCACAAAGAGCAAGCUGGAGGAGAUAAGGGCGCUUCAAAGGACUCGACCCCAUUCAUAGUGAGCAUGCAGAAGAGUAAAUGGGACAGCACUCGCUCUCUGAGGUUUAACCAGGAUGCCCAGAGGGAGGAAGACCAAAGGAGAAUGGUGGAGAUUAUUGACUAUCUGACUAAGAUACGCGUUGGUGAUUUGGAACAGAGCAAGUCAAAGGACACUAAGGAGCAUGCAGGAGGUAUCUACUCCAGGCUGGAGGCACAGUUUAAGAGCUCCACUCAGCUGAGUAACAGACAGAGCACCUCAGACAAAACACUCCGGGCGAAGACGCGCUCUGGACAGUCUAGACCAACGUAAAAGAAAUAACUGAAGAUACAGAAGUGCUGACAAGCAUGUGAAUGAAACAAGGGACUUUUUUGAAGAGGUGUUUUUUAAAAAAGUCCUUUUUAUCCAUCCGUUUUCAGACAGUCGAGAGGUUUGCAGUAUCAUAAUGGAGGCCAGUAAAAUCAUUCAUUCAUACAGCAGAACCUGAUUAAAACGUACUGGAUACUAAUAGCUUGGCAGAAGCUUUCCAAAACUUUGCCCACUCCUUUACAUAUUGUGCUGCUAGCUUCAUAAGCGUAUCUUUUCAUUCUUCUCCUUUAUUUUAUUUUGCACUUGUAAUUCCUGUCUAUAUCAUUCUGUAACCUAUCAUAUACAAUGUGCACAUGUUCAUGUUCUGAUCUCAGGUAAAAAUAAAAGUAAAUAUCCGUCCAUCC